UCUUCAUGAAGUAACCACCUAAAGUUUCGAAGACCAACAAAGCUAUGUCAACAUCAACUUACCCUAUCUAUAAGACUCUGCCGGAUGCUAGCGACAACUUGCGCCUCCUCAUCGUCCAUGCUGGUGGCAUGUCCGAGCCUAUUCGAUGCACUCUGCGAAUCGUCAGCCUCCACAACAAGCCUUCUUAUGACGCUCUGUCAUAUACAUGGGGCGAUUCCGCCACCACCAAGCCGAUCGAGGUUGACGGCUUCAAGAUUCGCGUUACUACGAACCUCGAACAGGCGCUGCGACACUUGCGGGACGUAAAAAACGAUCUCACACUAUGGGUAGACGCUGUCUGCAUUAACCAAUCGGACAAUUCAGAGAAGUCGCAACAAGUUGCACUCAUGGGCCAGAUAUAUCGACAAUGCGCUCAAGUAAGAAUCUGGCUAGGCUGCGAUAGCUUCAGAUGCGGGAUUGCACAGUCCUCGCUCCACGCGAGCAACGCUGUAGACGACAGCUCUGGAGCCGUGGAUCCGUUCGAAAUCCUACGCCAUUUGGCAGACGAUCGCCACAUUCAUGAAUGGUCAUGCUUCCAUACUCAGAAUGACGAUGGGCGCGAUAGGGUUGUCUACAAAGCUGACGAGAAGUUCGACACCAUCAUCGAAGCGUUCAUUGCUGUCACCGAAAGCCCGUGGUGGUCACGUAUGUGGACCGUUCAGGAAGCUAUAUUACCCAAGGAGGGCUUGUUAACCCAUGAUACAUGGUCAAUAUCGCUUCAGAUCAUCGCCGAUUGCGGGAUGAAUUAUCACCACCAUUGGACAGGCUGUUGCCAGGAAGCUGCAUCGCAGUUGCCUCCUAAAAUCAGGGACCCAAUGGUAGAGUUCUUCGGCAACCUCGCAACUCUUAGCAACGAUCGGAGAGUUCUCGUUAAUGGGAAUGUCGCCAACAAUGACUUACGAAGACAACAUGUAGCAUAUGGCUUUCGAGCAUGCAAAGACCCACGCGACAAGGUCUACGGGUUGUUGGGAAUCGUUCAUGACACAUCUUUCACGCCUGACUACACCCAUUCCAUAGACGAGGUGUUUCUGCAUGCCACAUUACACAUGCUUUGCCAUGAAAGGGACACUUUGAGUAGCUUGACAGGACGCUCGUAUGGUCCAGCACAUGGAAAGUGGGCUUCGUGGGUACGCGAAUUUGAUGCGCCCUUCGAUCGUAUGGAUGCCAGUGUUGCUAUGAAUAGGAACUCAUUUCUUGAUUUCAAUAACUUCGAUGCUUCCGAUGGCCGUAGACGAGUAGGAAGCAUCAUCUUUGUCUCGCAAGAUAAGCAGGACUCCGUUUUGGAUGGCGUAAGGAAGGCAGUCUUCAAGCGAUGGAUGAUAGAUGCGGUCGACUGGGCUGGAAGUGAUAACUUGGCCGAUAUGUAUAUCAAGAAGGAUACCUCCGGUAAUGUCAGCAGCUGCACAGACAAAUUCUUGCAGUUCUGGAGAACACUGUUAGGAGGAAUGGAUGCAACGGAGGGCACCGAAGCUAACUUCUCAAUGUGGACCAAUUUUACCCCUGCAACAAUAGGUUGGCUGGAUAGUUUCCUUCCAUGGCUCCAAGAUGCAAACUCGAUGAACCAGUCGCUACAUCAGAUCAUCACCACGGCGACACACGGAAGAUGCUACUUCAAGGCCGACAACAGUGGUCAGGGCCUGUGCUAUCCGAACGCUUGUGUUGGGGACGAGGUGUGGGUUCUGGACGGUGGAAAAGUACCGUUCAUUCUUCGACCCACCCGUCUGGAACAAGAAGAAAGACUAGCAUUAGAACCGUUGGAUGAGGGCGCCUUCAGAGACAAUGGAACAUUAGAAUUCCUGGAGUUUCGCCCGCAGAGACCAAUGCCAUCAAAAAGGUUCUCCCGAAUAAGAGAAAUUGCAAGUACAACAAGAAAAAUUGGCCAGUCGCUCAAAACGCCUCAAGCAUGCUACCAGUUCAUGGGCGACUGCUAUUUUGACGGGUUUAUGCAUGGCGAAGCAAUACACAACACUGUGUUCAAGGAAAAGACUAUCGUAUUGGUGUGA